GCUUUAUUUUCCGGGGGACGUCAGAACCGAUCAUGGCGACUCUCAGCGGCAGUCGUGGGGAUCGCCUCUCCAACUCCAACCACCAGAAAGGGUCUCUAGUUUCUCCGGAGAAAGUUCGUGAGAUCCUGAACCAGGGGGUGUCGUCGACGACCGGCGGCUCCAUCAGUGGUCAAGGACAUUUGAAAGUUCUUGAAGUAAAAAGCAACACUCCCGCACCUUGUGAAGCAACUAACAAAGAAGCCUUUUUCUCAAGAGUGGAAUCCUAUUCAUGUUUGAAAUGGGCAGGCAAACCCCGCACACUGUCCCCUCUGAUGUGCGCCCGUUAUGGCUGGAUCAACAUUGGCUGUGAUAUGCUCAAGUGCUCCAGCUGCAACGCUUUCCUCUGUGCAACACUACAACCGACUUUAGACUUUGAAAAAUAUGAAUCCCGCAUUGCAGAGAUUUUGAGACAGCUUCAGACGCAGCAUGAGAAGUUUUGUCCUUGGCCCGACUUCCCCUGUCCAGAGCGGUUCUGGUUGGUUCCAGCCUGUGAACCAUCAACGCUUCUCACUGCCUUCUUAGAGCGCUUCCAGAGCGCCUGUCUCCUUGCACAGCAGCUGCCAGCCAUGAAGCCAGAGCAGCUGAAAUCUAUGUCUUUGACUGAGGACGUCAUCAGUGCUGUACUACAGCUUGUCGAGGAGGAGCAAAAAAGAAAGGGAGGGACUCGGUGCUCUGAAUCUUUGGGUGUCCAGGUGGCUGCAUGCAUAGUUUCUCUCUGUGGCUGGGCAGGAAGCCCAGCUCUACAUGCCAUGAACCUGCCCAUCCUCACCUGCUCCUACUGCAUGCGCAAGGUGGGCUUGUGGAACUUCCACCAGAUGGAGGCAACAGGGGGUGAUGGAGAUUCCAUAACUGUAGCCCAGUCUGCCCCAACAACAGCUCCUGCCUCAACACCCACGCAUGAGGGCCAGGCAGACCGCUCUUCAUCUGCUUCACCCACCCCUGCUACAACACCAAGUCGCAUGAAGCUGAGGAGCCAAGACUCCACACGCUCUGACCAGGGUGAGGGAACCUCCUCCCCUGUGGGCUUGCGAUCCCGCAGCAGAGACUCACCAAGCCCCAGUGAAGAGCCACCAAGUCCCUUGACCAGGGGAAAGAGGUCUGCAACACGCGGCAGAGGACUGGGGGACAUCUUUGCAUCUGAUGGCGCCGCGAGCCCGCCACAACCUCCCAAGCGCCUGUGCCUCUCAUCAGUUGGUGGUGCUGAUGAUCUCCUGCACAAGAACACAUUUGACCCUCUCGCUCAGCACAGAGACUGGUGUCCCUGGAUCUCGGUGGGAAAGGAGAACGUGCAUCCAGGGGCCAUCCGCUUUUUGGAUGGAGGUUCAGCACUUCAUCAGCAGGGCUGGAAGGCCGCUCUCGAUCUCCUCAUGCCCAUGAAAAAUAAUUCCAAUACAGCAGGAGGCAGUCCAGCACAGGGCCCUCGUGACAAGUCUAAAAGGGUGUUUGCUAUAUUCCGUCAGUGGCAGGUAUCCUUCUCUCCAUCUCAGCAGACUGAUUCCAACCAGACAGCGUUGCAGCACUGAAGUGACAAAUUGACCUGCCCUUUUUAUGCAGUACGAAAUCGGACAGCAGUGUCAUAUCAUAUCAGUGUAUGCCAUCCGUUAAAGUCGUGUUUACAGUCAAAGUGAUUCUGGAGGGAAAGGAAGUGGAUUGUGUCUUCAGACAAAUAAAAAAGUGUCUUUUCUGUGAACAGUGAAAUGUGAAGGAAGCCUGUCUGGCUUUAAAUCAUUUGGAUGUGUAACUACUGGGGCCUCUACAGGCCUUGCAUAAUGUGUAUACAUAAGUAGUCAUCACGUACAAGAACACAUCUCCGUAUGAAAAUUGGCCACAAACAAGGCACCUUCUACUAAUCUUACAUGAAGUCUGCUCCAGUAGUGCUUCAGGAAGUCAUGAAUGUCUCGAUUUCUGGGGAGAACAAGAGACGAGGAAUCAAUGAUCAUAAGAACGGGCCAAAUGGCUUCACACUGGAUAGGUAAUGUUUACCUUCAUUGUAUGUUGAGUCAUUUGUGGAAGUGAAACAUUAACCACAUAUCAGCAAAAAAACUGUGAGGAAGUUCUUUUUUGUGUGUACUGUCUUGCUCGGGUCAGAGAUAACUUUUUAACGAACAAUUCUUUUUUUGAGAAGUGAAAUAUUUGUUAGUGCUACAAUCCUGAUUAAUACAAGCAGGUAGAACCAUGUGCCAUUGAUGUCAAACCUGUUUUAAAAUUAGAUUCAGGAAUCCUGUAUUUCCUUGUUUCCCCCUCCCUGUGACAUCAUCUUACUGAUGCAGUUCUUACUCCUCUGCAUGUGCUUUUAGUUUAGUAGAAUUUCCUAAAAGUGUUUAAUAAAAAUAGUCUUCUGAA